AUGUCUUCGUCAACGCUGCCCUCUCAAUCUUCGAUCUUGGGCCCCAUCACUCCAACUAUCGAUCUGACUUCCCACGGCCUGUAUCCUGCUAAACCGGUCUUUACUGGUUCUUGGACUGCUCCCCUCCGGGACGGUCUACCCACCCCUCCCGGCGACAUGACUGGCGUCACCUACAACGCAAUCCCCCCGGUGGGCCAUGGAGGGAUCGUGCACGGAAUGCCCUCUAACCAUUACAACUAUAUGCGGCCGUUCGAUGCCAUCUCUUCUUCUAUGGCAGCUUCCAUGAAGCCCGCCCACCCGGCUCCAGUUAAACAUACUCCGGAAUUGGCUCAAAGCAAAUCAUCCAAUGGAACUGCCAGUGGCUCCAAUCUUCGGAUUCCGUCGUCGAUUAACAAUAGCAAAACUAGCUUGGCCGAGUUUGCCGCUCAGAUGACUUGUCUAUUCUGGUUCGAAAAAUCACCGAAACUCCAAUCCAUCGAAGAUCGAUGCCACUCCGUGCCUUCCCUCGUUGCCGAAGCUAUGCCUACUGUGGGUUUCCAGAAGUGGGUUGCCACGAUUCUGUCAACCACGCAGGUUAGCCAAAACGUGAUUUUGCUUGCUCUGCUGUUUAUCUAUCGAUUGAAGAAGUUCAAUGCUGGUGUGAAGGGCAAGAAGGGCAGUGAAUUCCGGCUCAUGACAGUCGCUUUGAUGCUCGGCAAUAAAUUCCUGGACGAUAACACUUACACCAAUAAGACGUGGGCCGAGGUUUCGGGCAUCGCUGUUCAAGAGAUUCACGUCAUGGAGGUCGAGUUUCUGAGCAACAUUCGCUACGACCUCUUUGCCUCCGAGGCAGAAUGGGCUCGCUGGCACACCAAGCUCGGUCUCUUCGCCGAUUACUUCAACGCGGCGUCCUUGCACCCUGUUGAGUCAGAGACUCCAGCUCUGCGCAUCUCGCCGCCACGAUUGCCCCAAUCACCUUUGUCCAAGUUGCCAUCGCCCCCAUCUGACUUCCGCCCGCAUUCCCAGCCCAACUGGCACAUGCCCGUUCAUGGAUUACCCUACCCUGCUCCACAACUUGGAGAGGUUGCUCUUGGGGGAUCUCGCAAACGCAGCCGUGACGAUGACAAUGAACUGCAGCCUAUGAAACGAAUUGUACGCCCGGCGACCAACCCUGUCCCACAUCCCGCACCGCUGAGCAUUCCUGCAAAUGCGAUGAACACUCUACCCCCCGUUCUUACGCCCAAUUCCGCUCCUGUUGCGCAGGGUGUCUCCCGUCUCCCGCCUCCCAACCUCAACCUGACUCCAACAUCAAACCCGAUGCCCCAGCAACUUCCGUCGACUCCAGUUUCACAGCUCCCCAUGCCAGGUCGUCUGCCCCCAGCCUACAACCGGUCCGCGAACUGGAUGCCAUCUCACCAGAUGCCUUCUGCUCAACUGCCGCCAGUGGCGUCGGGCGUGUACAAUGCACCCACCCUCCCCGACCUGGCUCGUCAUCACCAGAGCAGUCCAUUUGGCGUAACAUCUUCGACCGUAUCCCCGGCCAUUUCAGCCUACUCCGUUCACACCCCGCAAACCCACCUCUCUCCAUCAUUCUUCCUUGCCAACCGCAACUCUCCCUACCGCCCUGUUCGAUCGGUCCACACGUUGCUGAUCCCACCUCCAUCAACUUCGAUGCAGCAGCAGCGCAGUGUUCCCUUCGACCACAUGCACUACCAGCCAUUGAGCAAAGGCUCCACCGAUCGCAAGACCGGUCUACUCCCCUUCAUCCCAUCCGCCGACCCUUGGUACCAAGGCCAUGUGCUCCAGCCUUUCUACACUCCCUCCCAGACCUUCUCUGGCUGA